AUGCUUCCCUUCCGAUGGCACGCCCUCCUUGGGUGUCGCAAUGGGGCUUCAUUGCAUUGCGUCGUGUCGCCUCGUCUGGUGCAACGCCAAGGUCAUAGUGUGACGCCACGGCGCGUCUCGAUCUUGGACCGCCGUCUGCUGCCUUCCACUAAUGCACAUGCCAAUACAUGUGCAGGUAGACCCCUCGGACGACGAAAGCUGGCCGCUCAAAGCUAUAUCGAUCCAAGUGGGGCAAAGGCUCCGAGAACCAAGGAAGAAGGGGAUAAAUUAGAAAGGAAAGUCGAGGCGCUGGGCAGCAAUGAACCGCUUCGUUUCGACGGCCCGCGGCUCUCUCUUGAGCAGGCAGAGGUUGUCGACCUUGCCGCAAGCGGUUGCAACAUCUUCUACACAGGCUCAACAGGAUGUGGAAAGUCGACCGUGCUACGCGCCAUUGUGCAGCGCCUGCAGCACAUGGGCAAGUGUGUUCGAGUGCUCGCUCCGACCGGCAGGGCUGCGCUCGCGAUCAACGGGACAACCACCUGGUCCUUUGCUGGGUGGAGCCCAAACUCGCAAAAGCUUGGCAUCGAGAAGCUGAAGGCAGUGGCGAAGGGCAAGAAUAACAUAGCGGUCCGGAAGCGGCUGCGGAGGACCGACGUGGUCAUCAUCGACGAGAUCAGCAUGGUCGAGAACCUGCACUUUGAGCGCCUGAACCAGGUCAUGAGGGCGGCACGGCACAAGCCAGACUAUCCGGCGCAGGACUACCCAUUUGGCGGUGUCCAGGUCAUAGUUACGGGAGAUUUUGCGCAGCUGCCGCCUGUGAGGCCCUUCAGGCAUUGCAUCGAAUGUGGCAGCGAGACGAAGUUGGAUGAGGAAGACGAAGAGGACGCGAAGACCCACUACUGUAGUCGGUGCAAGGCGACAUACAAUGAGAGCGACCAGUGGGCUUUCCGCAGCAAGGCGUGGGAGGAGUGCAACUUUACUCACGUAUAUCUGGACAGAAUCCACCGGCAACGCGACGCACUCUUCAUCUCGUUACUAAACAAGUGUCGAUCGGGCAAGCCAUUUACCCCGAAUGAAGUCAAUAUCCUGAUGGAUCACGAAACAAAUACUACAGGAGCUGUCGAGCUCUACUCGACGCGGGAGGAAGUUCGCCUUGUGAAUGAGAGGGAAUUUGGGAAGCUGGUCACAGAGUCGUAUUCGUUCCAGUGCCGUGACACCUUUGUCUGGAACAGGAAAAUGCAUCCACAUCUGGAGAGAAGAGGCGAGAAGCACGCAGAUGGAUCAUUAAAGUCCCUCGACGAACAUUCCAUGGACCGUCGUGUGGAGCUCAAAUGCGGAAUGCCGGUCGUGCUGCUGGCCAACCUCGACCUGAACCGAGGACUUUGCAAUGGCAGCCAGGGCGUCAUUGUCGGAUGGGAAAUGCCCAACAGGAGGGUAGAAACGCUAUUCCAAGGCUCUUGUGACCACGCUCUGCUCAAAAAACUCGAGAUAAUAGCGUACGAGAAGAACGUCGACGAGCCAAUCUGGCCCAUAGUUCGACCUAGACCAGAGUCCAAAUCGAGUCUCGGGUCCAUAAUCAGGCCCAGAAGAUGGACGCCUAGUUCUAGGGCCGUUGUUCCUAAUUCGUACUCCCUCUCAUCUAUUCGGAACUCCUACGAGGAUAAGGCGGUUCGAGACAGGGACCUGGAUACGCCAAUUUGA